AUGGUCGUUGCGACAAUCAAGUGCGUCGUCGUCGGCGACGGUGCGGUCGGAAAGACAUGUCUUCUUAUCAGUUAUACCACCAACAAGUUCCCCUCGGAAUACGUUCCUACUGUAUUCGACAACUACGCCGUGACCGUCAUGAUCGGUGACGAGCCAUACACCCUCGGUCUCUUCGAUACUGCCGGACAGGAAGAUUAUGAUCGUCUCCGACCGCUAUCAUACCCGCAAACCGACGUCUUCCUCGUCUGCUUCUCCGUAACUUCGCCCGCUUCCUUUGAAAACGUCCGCGAGAAAUGGUUUCCCGAAGUACAUCACCACUGCCCAGGCGUGCCCUGCCUUAUUGUCGGCACACAAGUAGAUCUUAGGGAGGACGCUGCAGUAAAAGACAAGCUCUCAAAACAGAGGAUGGCACCUGUAAAGAAGGAGGAUGGUGAGAAGAUGGCGCGGGAGCUGGGUGCGGUCAAGUACGUCGAGUGUUCGGCAUUGACUCAGUACAAGCUCAAGGAUGUAUUUGAUGAGGCUAUCGUAGCAGCACUUGAGCCACCAGCCGCAAAGAAAGAAGGCGGCGAGAGGAAGAAGGGCAAGAAAUGUAUUGUCCUUUAA